AUGCCCUUUGAUGAACGGGUGUCCCAGUCGCUAGUAGGAAGAGCCGUCGCGCUGCAGCAACCACAGCUGGCUCUGAGCUUCGUGAUGGCCUCGUUUCCUUGCUACUUCAAAGCCACCGAAUCCCGAGUUCCAAUGACCUGGAUAGACUAUAUUUCCCAGCGUCAUAGUAAAUAUAGUCAAAAUGUCUCCUGCUUUGACUGGGCAGUGCGUUGUAUGACUACGAUAUAUCUAGGCAGCCUUCAUAACGAUGCCCGCUAUAUGGACGAAGGGCGUAUGUGUUAUCUCCGUUCCCUUCGAGGCUUGUCAAUAAUUCUGAGCGACCCGCGCGCCGCAAAGUCAGACGAAGCCUUGUCGACGGUGAUCAUCCUCGGCGUGUUCGAGAUGCAUGCCUACACGUCCAUCGAAGGGUGGAAACAUCAUGCACGGGGGCUACGCACACUCAUGCAGCUCCGGGGCCCGGGCGCACAUGCAGAUGGCUUUGGCUGCAAUUUGUAUAUGGCUUGUCGGAACACGAUUGUGACCGCUGCCUUGGUAUCAGGCGAAGAGUGCUUUUUAGAGCAACCAGAAUGGCAGCAGUUAAAUGAAUGUCUCGCCGCCAAGAAUGCCAAGAAUGCCAAUUCAUCGGCUCUAGAGGAUAUAGCCGAGCGCGCGUUCCGGGAAGUCGUCAAGCUUCCGGGAUUCGUCAAGCGUCUUCGAGAAAUGCCUGGCUUGGCAGCAUCUGCGCAGAACCACGAGCGUCCGGCAUUGCUGCGUAAAAUAGUUGCCACGCGUACGGCUAUGAAGGGUAUCUAUACAGAGUUUGUUAUAUCAGCAUCGACCGUACGGGCAGGCUUUGCAUCAUAUGCCGAUUUCGUUGGGCCCAUCCCACACGUUUUCUUCCAUAAGUUCGCCGAUCUCACCAUCCAUGGUAUACGGUCUGGCCUGUUGCUGCUCAAUUAUCUCGUUAUUCUGUUGAAUCCGUCUCAGCGGCCCGCUGCAGAGACAGAAAUUCUGGAUAUCAUGGGGUCGAUGCGAAGUCCAAGAAGACCUUCCUUAUGUGAGGGUCGCGACAAUCUUUCUCUCUUAUCUUCGACUGUUCCACCACAGUCGUUGGGGGAACUGAGUCUGAUGAUUGAAUCUAGGCUGAUACCAGAGGCAUCUCAACCUCCCACAAGUGACUGGAUGGACGAUAUCGCUACAUCAAUGGGCCUGGAAGGUGUGCGCAUCUCUCUGGUUCAGUCAUCGAGUUUCCAAACCAUUGAAGAUUAA